GUGAUAUCAGUGAUAUUCUUGCUCAUGAGGAAUCAUAGCAGUAUCACCGAGUUCAUACUCCUCGGUCUCUCCUCUGACCCCCACAUCGAGGCUCUGCUAUUUGUGGUCUUCCUGGUGAUCUACUUCCUGACUCUAGUGGGGAACCUGAUGAUCCUGUUAGUGAUCAGGACUGAUGCCCGCCUCCAUAAACCCAUGUACUUCUUCUUAAGCAAUCUGUCAUUCCUGGACCUCUGUUUCUCUUCUGUCACUGUGCCCAAGCUGUUAGAGGACCUCCUGUCGGAGAAGAAAACCAUCUCAAUAGAGGGCUGCUUGGCUCAGGUUUUCUUUGUGUUUGUCACUGCAGGGACGGAAGCCAUUCUGCUCUCAGUGAUGGCCUAUGAUCGCUAUGCUGCCAUCUGCCAUCCACUGCUGUAUGGCCAGCUGAUGAGCAACCCAUUCUGUGUGGCCAUGGUGUUAACCUCCUGGGGCCUGGCCUCUCUCAAUGCAAUGCUCAUUGUGUUCUUGGCUAUUAAUUUGGACUUCUGUGAGGCCCAAACUAUACACCACUAUACCUGCGAGCUUCCCUCGCUCUUGCCUUUGUCUUGCUCUGAUACUACCAUCAAAAAAGAUAUUGUGAUUUGCUCCACUUUACUGCAUGGGAUUGGAACCAUUCUGCCUAUCCUUUUUUCUUACUUUCGCAUUAUCUCCACCAUCCUGGGUAUCAGCUCCACAAGAGGGAAGGCCUUCUCCACCUGCUUCUCUCACUUCAUUGCUGUGAUCCUGUUCUUUGGCUCAGGUUUGGUUCGCUACCUCAUGCCCACCUCUGGCUCCUCCCUUGAUUUGCUGGCUUCGCUGCAGUACAGUGUGGUCACUCCCAUGCUGAAUCCCCUCAUCUACAGCCUAAAGAACAACGAUGUGAAAGCAGCUUUGAAACGAAUGCUAGUAAAGUAUCUGUAUUUUAGAUCGUGA